AUGGCUCCCGUUCCGGAAGCCUAUUUCCCGUCCCUGGACAAAUGCUUCUCCGGGGACGUCCAGCUUCUAUCCUGGAGUAGAGCUUUUCUCUACACAUGCCACCCAGACGACGAUGUUGACGAUACGGGCAGCCUGCACACAUUUUUGUCGCAUCCAGAAAGCGUCCAACUUCUUUCGAAUUGUUUGAAUUCUUUUCCGUCUCCCUCUGCCAAAUCCAAGUCAGACUUCGAAUCGAAGACCGCCGCGAUCCAUGCUGAAACAACUGCGCAAGCAUCAUAUGAUUUGAAGGAAAUAAAAGCGGAUGCUCUAUGGCUUAGUCAAAAAGCUGGUAUAGACGAGACCAGCGCCCUUCGCAUCACAGUGCUCGAAUGGCAGAACCGCCCAGCCACACGGCUAGUUACAAGAAUCGCGGAGGGGGAAACUGCAAGCUUACAGGCUGCAACGGGAGUUGAAAACUUCCGUAGAACGGUAUCCGGUCCCAGCUUUCCGGAAGUUUUAGGCCAAUAUCCGCGCUCUGAGAAUGACGCCUCUUUUGCCUCCGAGGUAGCUCGGCGUUUACGGUUGCGCAACCUUUAUCUGUUGGAGAGAAGCCAUAUUAUUAAAACAGCUCGAAAGCUUCUAGCACUUUUCCUAACCAGCAAGAGCAAUGGAAACUUUCCACAGCAAAACGAUAUUGGUCGAUUUCACAUGUUGUGUGAGUUGGGGGCAGCUAUUUUCAAAAAUAAACUUUCUGGGGAGGGCAGGCGCAGCUUCAUCCAAGAAUGUAUCAAGAACAUCCAAAGUCGACUCUCUGCUUUGAAGGGUGACGGUGGUUGGCUCGGAGCUGCGGAGAGCGACGAAAGCAUGGAAGACAUGUGGAGAACGACCUUAGUUGAAGAAAUUCUGCACAUUUUGCAAAUGCUGUUCCUACAGCUCCAGGCAUCUACGGAGAUUCUGGCGGCAGAUCUUCAAUUAAGUUGGCUUCGACUGAUGGUUGACUACAGCUUUCUAGAGCCGCUCCAAGUUAACUCGAUAGAGAUCCUGAUGCCGGUUCAGUCCUUCGUAUGCCUGAUAACAGUUGCUUUUUUGAAGCUACAUCUUACUGUGCCAUUUAUCAUUGACAAAGCCUCGGUCCACGACUCCUCUAAGUUGCCGUACUUUCUCUCGAAGGAGGAAAUUGGCCAGAUAAAUGAGAUAUUUGUUACUCAGGGAAUAGAUUCAAAAGUCGCCAACCCUGCAGCCUUUUCUUGGGGUCUGAUUCUGCACACGAUGAGGGAGCUUGCUAUUGUCGAGAAGGAGGCUCGAGAACUGCAGCAGUUCCACAGUGCAGUCGACUCGUUCCAAUCAAACACGCCGCAUUCAAACACAGAAGCUUCCGAGGUUUCUUUAUACGAAGAGCUACUGGAAUGCGCGCAGACACCCAAAUUUACGGCUGAUGAGUCUAUUGCCGUCUUGACUUCCGAUGCAAUAAAAUAUUCUGCCUUUGACGCUAUCAUUUCUUUGGCAACCAAUGUCGGAUCGACAUCGGCUAUUGAUGAUCCUCUGACAGAUCAUUGGACUCGCACAGCACUUUUAGACCUCAUUCGGGUUGCCAUGAUCUAUUUGGAGUAUUCCCCCGAGGUCGUGGAGUCGGUGUUGGCAAUUCUUUCAGGGUCUGCUACUCAAUGUGCAGGGCCCUCCAGUACCCCGUCAGCUUAUCCCAGUGAUCCACGGUAUAACUUCACAAAGGAUGACCUCCUAAUGAACAACAUUUUCCGUAUAGCACGAUCACGUUUUCCAUAUGAGACGAUACCGUUUUUACGAUUUUGCAGAGCUCUCGUCAACAAGGAUAUGAUUAAUGAGGAGGGUCUCCCUGAAAUAGUCAGCGAACUGGAGAACAUGGAAACCUUUACACAAAUGGUUCCUGGCGACUUCCAAGGUUACGAGACAAUUCGAGAAGAUGAAAAUGCGAACCUUGUUACCCUUGCUCAGUCUCUUCCAAUGAUAGGCUCAGCCUCUCCGCAAAUACCAGACAGCCAACCAAGAAAUGCCCUUGUUGUCACAGGCUCAUCUCAAGUACCAUCUGCCACGAUUGGCCAAGUUGUAUCUGAGAGCAAACCUGCGGUGGUCAUGUGGCACCAUAGAUACUCUUGUUUGAGCUAUCUUGGGAGCUGGCUGGAGGAAUGGAAUGAGAGCGGAGGAUAUUCGGCAGGAUGGGGUCAAGAUUCGAACGCAGAAAUAAUUGGGCUACUAGCGGAUCUUCUCACUGCUACUAAGGAUGUGCAAAUUCAAAAGGACGAUGGAUCUAGCGCCAAGCGAAUUCUGGAAAUGGCAAGCGAUGGAUUAGCUCGUCAAAGCGAUAUCAUUUCGGUUAUAUUCGAGAUAUUUGAACGCAACAUCUCAAGCCUUGGCCCUAAAACAGGCUCAGACUGUGUGCUAGAAUCGACUAUUGCCUGUCUGCGUUUUAUUUGCGCUCUUAUUGCUGUAUUGCCUGGCAGGGUGUGGCCAUUGCUUUCUCGGAGUAACCUGCUUGGGUCCGAUGGAAAAGGAGUCCUAAUGACUGCGAUUAUUUCAGCUAUGGAAGUAACAUCGGGUGAAUAUCCAUUCCUUCUCGCCUGUGUCCGUCUCUUCGAGGCCGUUGUGGACGAUGCUGCUUCCCGUGCAGUACUAAGAAAAAGUCCGAAUCCCCCUGCUGGGAAGAUAAUAUCUGUUUCUGGCUGGACUGCCGGUGUCCCGUCCCAUAUGAUGAGAGGUACUUUGUUAAGUUUUGUUCGGGCAAUGAUCGAGGUCUACAACAGCAGUAUCAACUGGCGAUUUAAUACCCCGGAGCAGAGAAUCGAGCUGAACACCGGCCUUGCUAAGACAUUCGAAAGAAUUCUUUACUACACCUAUGGUGCUAACGACACUGUGAAGCUAGAUGGCAAAGUAACUGGGGUAUUCUCUUCAUCAGCAACUUACCUACUGGACGUCCUACGGCCGCAAUCGGCAGCCGACUUGCCGUUCAACCCGAUUCUUAGGCUCAUUGCCGACGGCCUUCAAACGCCUCCCACUCUAUACCUUCGGCAUUUGACAUUGGUGGAAAAUCAAGUGAAGUCAACGUUGGAGUUCUCAACUAGGCUUUUGCAAGCGGCCCAGCUUCUCGAUAGCUCGCCGUCAUUGUUAGAAGAACAAUUGUUCAAAGCAGCCCCAGUUCUUGUUAAAUUAUAUGCAUUGCAUCACGCCUACCGCCUACCAGUUAUCUCACUUCUUGACACUUUGGUAUGCGGAGCUGCUCUAGAUCCAGCGAAUGAACCACCGUCCUUGGUUGGCCACUUAGGGGCCGAAUCGUCUUGCCUCUUCCUUGAUGUCUUGUCCCAGUUUGAUAAGCCUUUAAGUGAUCGUCGCUUGCACUUGGCAGUAUGGCAUAUGCUAUCAACCUUGGUCAGCAAGCGCCAACAAUGGCUUGCAGUCUAUAUUCUCACAGGGUCCUCCCCUCGCCAGACGCUAAAGACUGGUGACCAGAAAGCACCGGCGAUGAGAGGUGCACCGUUUUUGAAGAUAGCUCUUGACGUGCUCUCCAAUAUCGGGCAAAUUGAGCCCCAAGCCUCUCUCCCAUUAUUGGAGUUCAUUUCUCAUGCGCAGGAAAAUUGGCCUUGGGCAACGCCUGAGCUGAAAAAGCAUCCCCAAUUUUUUACCAGUAUCGUGAAUUAUGUCUCCAAGUUGAAGAUCUCAUCUAUGUCUGUAGUUGACCAGAUUUAUGGGACACGGAUCGCAUCAGUUGUCGCCGAUAUUUGCACUGUCUAUCUGCAUUCUGCCAAGGAAAUGCACGACCAGACUUUCUACAAGAUGCUGAUUCCACUAGUGUCUUGGUAUGCAAAGGAUGCUGUUGAUGUUUCCGGAUAUAACGCCUCUUUGCACGCCAAUCUGAGAAGAAAUUUUGAGAUGAGGUAUCCCGGGUGCAAACUUGUAGACUUCAAAAGGACAGUCUUGCAGCCUCGCUCUUUGGGACGAGAUUACUGCUACGAUCUCUAUCUGGGCGAGAAGCUUCUAGCGUAUGAUUUCGCUUGGGCAGGUACCCGAAAUCAAGGGUUUGCUCAAGAGUUUGAACGAGCGAACUUGAACCUGUCUCUAGUUGAGGCGCAAGUGGGCCUUCUUCACAGCUGGAAGUUCUUUGCUAUUGAACACUGUUCGGACUUCAUGACGGAUCGCGAAGUUCAGAAGUCAAUGGCGCUGGUUGUCCGGAGGUGUUUAGAAGCAAAUACCAACGGCGUUCCCCAAGAGGCGAUAUUUGACAGGGUUCAGCAGACACGGGUAGAAUUUAGUCAGGCUCUGCUGCAACGACUUGUCGAGAUUAGAUCGAAAGGCGCUGAAGUUUUUAGCCUGCUUGGGGUUGUAUGGGACACGUUGCGCACUCGCCGCGCAACGUAUGAGGAUGCGCUGAUCAAUGAUGACACUGACUAUUACCGAUCACUACUCAAUGUCCUGUUCCUCGCUCUUCAGUUCCAUCUUGACUCCCCCUCACGAACGGUGCCUGAAACUAUCAGCAAGAAGGCAGAGAUAUCGUCCGAUCUAACGUUCGUCGUCGAGAUUGUGAAAACCGUGGUCGCUCAAGGGUUCAAAUCUUUGACCACUUACUUACAUGAGCAGCCUGAGAAGUGCACGCCGAAAGACUUUGCCAUUCUCACGGCCAUACUCCAAAGCUGUUUGCAAGUGAAGAAUGUCGACCGUUUGUACGAGCACAUGGUUUAUCACAUUGCCGACAACGACACAGCUCGACAUGCCGCUUCGCUGUUUUCGUGGGCCGACCAACUGGCCAUAGCAGGCGACCCCGUCUACGGUGAUCUGAGCAUUUCCUUCCUUGUAAAACUAUCUACCAUACCAAUGCUCGCCGAACAUCUCGCCGUCGAGGCGGUCUUGGCGAGGCUCGCCACGUGCCGACUGACGGAUGCUCUACGACAACCGAAGGGAUUCGGGCCAUUUGACCCUGUUCCCCGGAUGUAUGCGAUCUGGACGAACGGCAUUCUCCCCCUGUGCCUGAAUCUGCUUUACCAUGUUAUUCGCACUGCACCGGAAGUCGCGGCUUUCCUCAACCAAUUCGAAGGCCAGCUCACGCGGGCAGCCGAGUGCUUUGCCACCGGACGCACGUCCAUUCCGACUGGGACAACCGGCCAGAAGAUAUGUUUGAGCAUGGCUUCGGAAGCAUACUCGCUUGCCUUGAUUUCCUUCAUCAUAAACCAGUUCCGGAAGGCAGGAGCCAGCAUGGGGGUGGAUGGGGAAGCGAUCCAGGAACUGAAGUGGGAUAAGGGUCAAGUCAAGGAAGACAUUGAGGAGCUGCUCGAGCGCCGAUCGAAUCUCCGUGCCCGCAUCGUGGCAAUCGGCGAUAAGGAGGUGGAGUUGGUACGACAGAAGCCGGUACAUGCUACCUCGGGAGCGGAGAACCGGCUCGAAGAGAAAAUCGUGGGUGAAUUACAGGCAGUGCUUGUCUGUCUGGGGGGAGAGGAGGCCGAAUAA